AUGAAGCCCUUUAUCAUUUCAUUUUUGAUUGUUGGUUUUGCUAUUGUAAUUUAUGCUGAAGUGUGUACUAUUGGGAUAAAAUACUCUAAUGGGUAUAUGAGCCAGACCGGAGAUAACAACGGUGGAUGUUUCGGUAUUGAUAAUUCCCAAAGUAUAAGCCAAAUUAUUGCCGAUCCUUCUGUUUGCUACCGUCUUUUUCAAGUUUUCGGUUGCUCGAGAAAAGAAUAUUGUCAUGCCUGUGGUACUACCACCUUUCCACAUAAUGUGGUAGUCUCAUCAAUCCUAAUAAUGUGCAAUUCCUCAAGUGUACCAGGAAAUUGCACACAAGUGCAACCAUUAAUGUAA